CAGCAGCGGAAAAGGGAAAAAAAAAACAAAAACAAAACACGGGAAUCCAGGAAUUACUGAGGCGUUUAUUGACGGGAAGAGAUCACUCCCUUUUCCCAGUGAUUAUUUUUUUCCUCUCUAAGAUCUUGGGUUUUUGUUUGCAAAGAUGAUCGCUGGCUGCGUCCUGUUGGCGUGCACCUUACUUGUUGGCGCAUCCUCGGGGAGUAGGGCGGGCCAGCCCUUGAAACCUUCCUGUAGACCCGGCUUCUCUCAGAACUUCUACACGGUGAUUGUCCCCAGAGAUGUACUGCACGGCCAGAGCAUCCUCAAAGAUACCACCCUGUCCAGCGAGCGUGUGAAGUUUGAGGAUUGCCAACGCAGCAGAGAGGUGGGCUUUGUCAGCAGCGACCCCAACUUCAGCGUGAGGCCUGAUGGGAGCGUGUACACAGAGCAGGAGGUGGCAAACCUCUCAGAACCUGUCCAGUUCAUGGUGACGGCGCGGGGGCUACAUGAUCCUCACAUCUGGGAGACCACAGUGAAGUUGGCCCUUGCCGGACAUCUUCAUCCUCUACCACUCUCAAAGGUCGGCUUUGAGGAAAUGCUGUCACGGGUGUGGGAGUCCCAACCCAGAGUUAUCAAGUUUUCUCGAAGACAUCUGAGAGGUUCCUCUGCCAAUGGUUUGAGGCGGCAAAAGAGAGAUUGGGUCAUCCCACCCAUCAAUGUGCCUGAAAACUCCCGUGGACCCUUUCCACACAUGCUUGUCAGAAUCCGCUCGGAUCAGGAUAAGGACGUUGGCAUUCGCUACAGCAUCACAGGCGCCGGCGCAGAUCAGCCCCCGAGCGGAAUUUACAACAUAGAUCCCAUCAGUGGCAACAUGUUCGUCACUCAGCCCCUGGACAGAGAGGAGAGAGCAUCCUUCCAUCUGCGGGCUCAUGCGGUGGACAUGAACGGGAACCAGGUGGAGAACCCAAUAGAUCUGUACAUUUAUGUGAUCGACAUGAAUGACAACAGACCCGAGUUCCAAAACCAGGUUUAUAAUGGCUCAGUGGCUGAAGGGUCCAAACCAGGCUCCUCUGUGAUGCAAGUCACAGCCAGGGACUCGGAUGACUCCACCACAGCUAACGGCAUGGUGCGGUAUCGGAUCCUUUCACAGACUCCUCAAAGUCCAAUUCCCAAUAUGUUCACCAUCAACAGCGAGACGGGAGACAUUGUUACUGUGGCAGCCGGCCUGGACAGGGAGAAAGUGUCCCAGUACACCAUUAUUGUCCAAGCCACAGAUAUGGAGGGCAAUCUAAACUUUGGGCUCUCCAACACAGCUACAGCUCUCAUAUCUAUCACUGACAUCAACGACAAUCCACCAGAACUGACAGUCAGGACGUUUUCCGGGGAGGUUCCUGAAAACAAGGUGAACGUGGUCGUCACCAACUUGACAGUGGUUGACCGGGAUCAGCCGCACAGCCCCAACUGGAACGCGGUUUAUCGUAUCGUCAGCGGAGACCCCUCUGGACACUUUACCAUUCGUACCAAUCCCAUCACCAAUGAAGGAAUGCUAACAGUUGUCAAGCCGGUGGAUUUUGAAAUGAACCGUGCCUUCAUGCUGACAGUGGUGGUGUCCAACCAGGCCCACCUGGCAAGCGGCAUUCAGUCCUCUCUUCAGUCCACGGCAGGAGUCACCAUCUCUGUCCAGGAUGUGAACGAGCCGCCUGUCUUUCCAAUCAACCCCAAAAUGAUCCGUUUUGAGGAGGGUGUGCCGGCUGGAACCACUCUCACAGUUUUUUCUGCGCAGGAUCCUGACCACUUCAUCCAUCAGGUUGUCAGGUACUCUAAGCUGUCAGAUCCAGCUAACUGGUUGAAGAUCAACAGGACCAAUGGUCAGAUUACCACCAUGUCCCUGUUAGACAGAGAGUCCAUUUAUGUCAAAAACAACAUGUAUGAAGCUACAUUCUUGGCAUACGACAAUGGUAAGUCUGGUUCGCCUCAGGCCAGUGGGACUGGUACCCUCCAAAUUUACCUGAUUGAUGUCAAUGACAAUGCGCCUGUGCUAAUACCGAAGGAGGCCCAAAUUUGCGAGCGUGCCCGUCCCAACUCCAGAAUCAACAUCACAGCUUCGGAUGCUGAUGCCGAGCCUAAUGUCGGGCCUUUUGUGUUUGAGCUGCCUUCGUUUCCUCCAAGCAUCCGUCGCAACUGGACCAUUUCCAGACUGAAUGGUGACUACGCUCAGCUAAGGCUAAGGAUCCCUUACCUGGAGGCCGGUGUGUAUGGGAUCCCAGUCAUAGUGUCUGACUCGGGGAACCCUCCUCUGUCCAACCGCUCUCUGAUCAGGAUCAAAGUGUGUCCCUGUGACAACAAUGGGGACUGUAGUGCAACAGGAGCCGUGGCAGCUGCUGGUCUCGGCACUGGAGCCAUCAUUGCCAUCCUCAUCUGCAUCAUCAUACUGUUGAGUAUGGUUCUGCUGUUUGUGGUGUGGAUGAAGCGCAGAGAGAAGGAACGACAAGCAAAGCCCCUGCUGAUUGACCCUGAAGACGACGUUAGGGACAAUAUCCUGAAGUACGAUGAAGAGGGAGGAGGAGAGGAAGACCAGGACUAUGAUCUGAGCCAGCUGCAGCAGCCAGAGUCUCUGGACCACAUCAUAAACAAACCUACAGGGGUGCGCCGGGUCGAUGAGAGGCCUGUGAUUGCUGAGUCACAAUACCCAGUCAGACCCACUGUACCCCACCCAGGGGACAUAGGAGACUUCAUUAACGAUGGCCUGAGGGCAGCUGACAACGAUCCCACUGCCCCUCCAUAUGACUCCCUGCUGGUGUUCGACUAUGAGGGCAGCGGCUCUACUGCAGGUUCUGUCAGCUCGCUCAACUCCACCAGCUCAGAGGAUCAGGACUACGACUACCUCAACGACUGGGGUCCUCGCUUUAAGAAGCUGGCAGACCUCUACGGGGGAGGAGAGGACGACUGAGCGCAGAACGCAGGCAGUGCGGGGCCGGGGGCUGUGGCAGGGGUCAGGAGAGUUGGGAUAGAAUGAAAGGAUGUAAAACACAGGCAGUGUCUGACAACAUGAGGAGACCUAAGAGGAAUGGACCCUUUCCACGGGCUGCAGUAGUUGGUCGAGCCCGCAGACAAGAACUCUGCUGCAAUGCAACUGUAUUCUGGCUUUAUGGUUUUAGUGCCGAGUUUGUAGUGUGACAUUUUGAUUUUUUUUUUUUCUUCUUUUUUUCUGCUCUCUCGCCGCGCUGGACCUGGAUUCCUCCAGGGACGAAUCAAGGUGUCCGCGAGACACAAAAGUAGUGAAUUUGUGCUUUGAUUGAUUGUUAAAACAAAACUAUCUCCUGCUUUAGUCUGACACUGAAGAGAAUGUUUUUAUUUAGGGAGGGGAGGGGGAGGGGCACUCACAGACUCUCUCUUUAACUCUGUCAACUUGAAUUUCCUUAGAACAGAAGCACUGUCAUUUUAUAAAGUGCCUUUUGUGGUGUGUUUUUGUACCAGACUCCUGCUAUCUCAGGAUUGGUUGCUGUUCGCGCAGUACAACGGGGACGCGAUCUGUCGUUUCCCCGUCGCCCCUCCUGCGCUCCUCAAACCAGCCCUGCCCGUCUGUUUCCUCCUCACCCAUUCGCAGAACAUGCAAACGGCCCCAGCAGCCUGUCCCAGGAGGGGAAGAUGCAUCACAGGGCGGACUAUCUGGACUACCAGAUUUCAUAACCCAUUGAAUUAAAAAAGUUGUAAAAGGAGGGUUGGAUCCCCUCUUCUGCAAGAGCCUGCUCAGUUCACUAGCAUCCCUUCAACACAGCAACAUUUUUAUACACAUCGGGGUUUUAUAAUUUAUUGGAGAAUGCCUGCCUUUCUUCUGUGGACUCAGGAGGUUUAGCAGCCUUUGUGUUGAGACGCUUGCCUGCCCCUUGUAUGGUUUUGUGUUGCUAACUCCACGGUGUAAAGCUUAACGUAGGCAUGAUUCGAUUAGUCGGACAUCGUUAAUCGAGGGGAACUCAUUUGACUCGGAAAUAAAGACGCCUCAGAACGAUUCUUCUGGUCGCCUUGAACAUUCCUGUUUGUUUUUUUUUCCUAUUUUUUUUUUUUUUAGACCAACAAAAUAUUUAAAGGUGCAUGUUUUUUUCUUUGGUUUUUGUUUUAUUUUUUGUUUUUUUCCUCAAAUGUUUUACUCAAAGCACUUGUUACUCUGUGGUGAGAAUGUGAAAAUAGUCAGCAGAAACUAUAUGAAUAUACUCUGUAUAAAGACACUGAGAAAAUAAAAAAUACUGUAAAGUACAUAUUUUUCAAGUAUCAAUGACAUAUAGCAGGGAAAAUAAGUAUUAACGCUGGUCAAAAAGAUAUCAGUAAUUUAAUU